UUCUUGGCGAGGGGCGGGACUGUAGGCGGGGCCUGCGGGGGUGGUCGAAGCGGGGCGGAGCUGGAGCGCUUCUGACAAGGGCUGGGUCUGGGCGAGGGGCGGGGCCUCGGCGGGGUUAGGGGCGGGGCUCCUGCUGAGGGGCGGGGAAAACAGAAGGUGCAACGACCGCCCCUGAAAACUGAGCGAGCCCCUGUCCAUGGGAUCCGGUACCCGCUAAGCCGCGGUCCGCUCGGGAUCCGGUACCGGCUAAGCCGCGGUCCGCUCGGGAUCCGGUACCGGCUAAGCCGGGGCCCGCUCGGGAUCCGGUACCGGCUAAGCCGCGGUCCGCUCGGGAUCCGGUACCGGCUAAGCCGCGGCCCGCUCGGGAUCCGGUACCGGCUAAGCCGCGGUCCGCUCUGGAUCCGGUACCGGCUAAGCCGCGGUCCGCUCGGGAUCGGGUACCCGGCUAAGCCGCGGUCCGCUCGGGAUCUGGCCUCCUUCCGGGGACUCAGGAGGCCGUCCUGGGUCACGGCGGAGUCACAAGGAAGGAAAAGCCAAUGUCCGCGGACAGACUAAGCUCUGCAGGUCACACGUCACCGCGCUGUCCCCAGUACCCACGAGGCGGGCACUGGCACCGGCCCUGACAGUUUACGGUAUCAAGUAUGGGAAGAAGCUGGAGCGCCCUCCGCGUUUACGCGUUUCUCUUCCAGGUCCCUGAAGCCAGAAGUGGUGCAUCGUUCAGCCCCGCGGUUUUCAAGCGCCUGUUAUGCCCCUGGCGGGUUUGCGGCGCCCUGAGGCUGGGGAAUCCGGUCUGGAGAGCCUGAGUGACAUUCAGUGUAUUGUUCAUUCCAGAGCUAGAGUUCAGGGAUCCACCAGGUGCAGGGGACACCCUGUCUCCUUACAUCACGUGUCACCCAACUACCACAUACCCCCACCCCAGGGUUGAAUUGUGUCUCCCCAAAAUUCACAUGUUGAAGUCCUAACCCCAAUAUCCAUGAACAUGACCUUAUUAGGAAGCAGGGUCAUUGCAGAUGGAAUUGGUUGAGUUAGGAUGAGGUUUACGGGAGUAGGGGGACCCCUCAUCCAGGAUGACUGGCGUCCUCAGGCAAAGGGAAAGUUUGGACACAGAGGCACAUGCAGAGGGGACGCCGUGCAAAGCAGCAGCCAGGGUGGGGAAGAGUCCUCCCCUCCCCCCUCCACUCUUGCCAAGCCGGGUUCCAAAAAGAAUCCUAGACCCGUUUCCAGAGAGUCCCUGGAGCCCUGACAGUGACCAAGUGCCUCUUGCGCGCCCCCCAGUGCCAGGCCCUCCGUCUGAGCGCUCAGCCUGUCCUGAGUGAGACUCCCCUCGCCCCUGGGGUCCCCUCUGAGCAAUCUCCACCGGCGACCUCUCUUGCUGCUCCUGGGCUGAAGCCCCCACCCCGCACCGUAUUCAGUGUUGAGUUUCCGUCUCUCCCCCUGCUGCAGUCCUGGAACAGUCUUCCCUACGCGUCUAAGCCAGGUCAGAGCAGUUGCUCCGGAAUCCCGCCAGCAGCGGCCCUGCGAGGACAGGCCCCGUGGUCCAGAGAAGCCUGGGUCACAGCGCCACGCGGGCCGUCUGGGCGCCUCCGUGGUGCCCUUGGGGCCUCGGGCAGUGCCUGGCGCCUGGCAGACGCUCCGUAAGGGAGAACUCAGCGAGGAACCUGGGGCGUCGAAACGACAGGAAGGCAGACAAAGGCAGCGGGCAUCGGCUUUAUGGCUUCCACAGGAUCCAGAUUGCCGGCGACGCGCACCGGUGAAGCAGGAGCCGGCACGGUGCGUUCUCACCAGUCGCCCCCGUGGUUCGCAGCCUCAGCCGCCGGGUGCUCCCGGUCGCCCGGACAGGGCCGAGGUGACGCGGAAGGAGGGUGAGGACCGCAGUGGUGAGCGCAGCCGGCGUCGGGGCUCUACUGACCAGGUGCCCCUACACCUCUCUCUCUCUCUCUCUCUCUCUGUUUCCCAAGUAAAUCCGCACAGCGACUCUAGGAGAUGGGUACCAUUCGCACCCGCACUGCAGAGAUGAGCAAGCUGGCGCAGAGGGCUGGGAGCUAGACAGGGACGGGCAGGUCCUGAUACGUCGGCGCUGGGGUCUGACCUCCGGCCGCCCGGCUCCAGCCGCCUUCCCACCUCCCUGCCCCCAAUCCCAUCAUCACCGAAUGUGCUUUCACAGCCAAGAUGGGCUGGGCUUCCUGUGGGACUGUGUGCACAGGGGAGAUGUUUGCACAGAUGUGCGUGUGCACCGUACAGGUAAGGAGGACUGUGGGCAGAUGCCCGGAGCCACGUCCACACAGAGUACCAGGCGCAUGUCACCGCAGGCUAGCAAAUUCACCGACGUUUGGCGUGACACAGUGGGUAGCACAGGUGCUGUUGUCAAGGACUCCGCAGUGUGGGGGUGCAGAAGGUCAGACUGAGGGGGUGAGGACAGUGGUGCCCAUGCCAGGGGUCUUCCCCAGGAGCCCAGGGGGCCACCUCGAACCUCACUCAACCCCGGGUGCCUAGCACGCUCCUUGUUCCGGCAGUGACACCCGAGCCCAGCGUUGGGACAAGGGGACGUGCAGGGGAGGGAGUGGGCUGGCUGCUGGGCACAGGCGGGGACAGAGGUAGAGGGAGUGAACGUAAAUUAAGAGUGUGUCACACAAAACUCGCGGGGAGAUUACUGCAAGGGAAAGGUGACAGAGUCGAGCGGUGACCGUUGCAUCAGGGAUACAGGUGGAGAAACGAGGUGGAGUACUUAGAAGACAGAAGUCCCAAGACGUGGACGGCUGACCCCGAGGGGAGCCAGUGGUGCAGGUGUGGCCUGCGCACUGCCCCAGAGGGAAGCAGCCCCUCGCACGGCUGAGAGGCUGAGAUACGCCGUUCUUCCCAGUGAGGACAGGUCCCAGCAAGUUAAGACGGAUGACCCGUGUGGUUGCUAUGGAGACAUCUGUGAUGCCACAUGUGCUCCCAGGAUCCCACAGGACAUAGAGCUUCCGAAGUUGGUCGUGUCCAGGGCUGUGCCGGGCAGCAGGUCCACGCUCAAGCCCCUGCUCCCCUCGACAACCUGCUCUAGGCAGAGAGGCGCACAGGGGCUGUCCGUGCAAGGCAGCCCCGGCCCUCCUGCCCUGCCCCAAGGAUGUUGCCGGUCGGCAGAGCCAGCCCUCCCGAGAAGCAGAGCAUGGUGCCCAACCUGAUGGAGAAGGGCCUGAUGCUGCUCCAGUGCAUGGCCACCCGGGACAACCUGGUCCCGGAGUGGAAGCUCCGCCGGAGACAGCAGUCCCUCAGCAAGUCGGCUCAGGCCAUCAGCCGCUUCUACAGGAAGAAGCAGGGCGAGUACAAGCAAGGCCCCAGCCCCGAGGACACCAGCUUCACGGCCAAACUGAAUGAGCUGAGAAAGGCGUUCCUCGAGCGCCCUGGCUGCCCUCAGUUCAGCACCAAGGCCACGUCCAUGUCUCAUUACGGUUCAGCCACCUCGGCCCAGGUGGCUGAGGAGUUGUGCACGGGCUCUGAUUCCUGGAAGGUGACCCAGGACCCGUCCUGCAGCCAGCGGGCCUCGGACACGAAGGUGGACGGGCACCUCCUUCCCUUUAGUAAGAGUGCCUGUGAGUUCAACUACUUGCGGAAGAGGAGCGAAUCCCAGACCAUGAGCCCGGUGCCCAGCAGCCCUGUCCUGGCGCGGAGUUACCCGAAGAGGCGGCUACCCUGGUACAUCUCGGUCAUCCACGAGAAGGAUCACUGCCUGCUGUCGCUGGGGGAGGAGGUGAAGCGCCUGUCCGAGCUGGAGCUGCGGCUGCGGAAGAAAGAGGAGGAGGUCCUGGCCCUCCAGGAGGAGAGGGAGGCCUUGAAGAGGCAGCUGAAGUGCCUCCUGAAAAGCAAAGGCCAGGAGACAUUUGUGUGCCAGUGUGUGAGGGACCCUGUGCCAAAGCCCGCUGGGAGGCUGAGCAUCCUGAAGACCUUCUUCAGAGAUGAGGAGUUGCUGCAGCGCUGGAGGCAGUGUCAGGAGGAGUCUGCCCUGAUCUGCCGAGGCGAGGACCUGGACAACAUUGGCGUCCAAGAGGAAGAGGCUGCAGGCGCGGAGGCAGAGGCAGCGGAGGACGAGGAAGGGAAGGGCCCAGCAGGCAGGAAGGGGGCUGCACCCAAGGAGGGGGGUGAGGAGCAGGAGCAGCUGGAGGAGGAGGAGGAGGAGGAGGUGGAGGAGGUGGAGGAGGAGCUGGAGGAGCUGGAGGAGCUGGAGCUGGGGCUGGAGCUGGAGGAGAAGGAGGAGGAGGAGGAGGACCAGUGCAGGCGGAGCUCCCGCUCCCUGGAGGAGGCUUUUGAGCAGGAGCUGAUAGCCCAGCUGGAGGGGUACGAGCAGGUGAUCCAGGAGUUCCAGGCAGACCUGGAGAUCACCAGGACCAGAUACUCGCUCGCAACAGGGGCCAUCGCAUCUUUACAACGCCAAGUGGAUUUCCAGGAAGCCCAGCUGCAGACGCUGAGCACGGAGAAUGAGAGCCUGAGGAAGGAGCUCCGGGAGCGGAAGGAACAGUUACAGGCCAUGUCCAACAAGUUCUCCAACCUCAGGGAAGACAAGAAGCUCAAAGAGAUGACGGGCAUCAUCGAGAAGGACAACCUUCUUCUCCGCCAGCAAGUGUCGGAGCUGCAGAGCCAACUGGACAAGCAGGAGCGCGCCAUCGCGGAGUACGACGCCAAGGUCAGCCAGCUGCAGGCGCAGGUGAGCCAGAACCAGAACCACCUGCAGAGACGGAAGUGGCUGCAGGAGGAGAUGCUGAGCAAGAACGAACUGAUCCAGCAGGCCGAGCAGCAGGCGCGCGUGGCCCUGGAGAGCGCCCAGUCCCGGCUUGAGAGACUGAGAAACAAGAUCAUCCAGGCCACCUUCAGCACCUCCGGGGCCAAGUCUUUUGCUACUGAGAUCUCCGACAAUGACGUUCUAGAAGCUUUGCAGAGGAUCAUCUCUGAGAGAGCCGACGACUACAAUCAGCUCAAACAGAAAGGCGUCAGAGUGCCUCCCCUGCAGCAGACAGAGGCCCUGUCCUUCCUGAACAAGUCCAAGAAGACCACUUCCAAGUAGAUGCAGCCCGGGCCCCCAGACGCCGCCUGCCCGCCCAGUGGACGUGGGGACCCAGCUCAGGGCCACCCCUGUGUGGCCUGGCCUUUUCGCUUAGAAUUAAACUCUGUCCUUGGCCAUGGA